AGCACCUGCUGGCAGUGUAGGCUCGGUGCAGCAACAGACUCGGACAGAUCUUUCGGCACUUGCAAACUUUGCUGGUGCGACAGACGAGUGAGCACCAAGGGCCCAGACGCUCCAAGUGUUUUGGCAUCAGGCGGUGGUGUUCCUUGUCGCGCUUGCCUUUUGUUGUCGGGCUCAGAGACACGAUGGUGGCAACUUUGGUGGCGGUGGCCUACCCGGUUGGGGUGGCAACGGUGGUGGGUUUUGGGGUGUUGGCGUGCAUCCUGUCAUGGCAGCACGAGCGUCGGCAGGGUGGCAAGGACACAGUGGAGUUCUUCCUGACCGCCAGGAACUCGGUCAGCGCGUUUACCAUCGGGUGGAGUUUCUACGCAGCGGCCAUGGGCUCUUGGGCGCUGUACGGCCCGCCUAGCUACGCAGUGAGCGCCGGCAUCUUGGGCAUCACGUUCUACUCCAUUGCGAGCGGCAUACCCAUCAUGAUUGUGGCCUUCCUUGGAGACAUUCUUCAAUCGAAGCUGCCGGGCAUCCUCUCCCUCAGCGACUACACCUACAAGCGUUUUGGCCGGUUUGUGCAGCUCUAUGUUGCUACCAUGAUGCUGUUCAACAUGGGCAUUGCCCUGACUGCGGAGUACACGGCUGUUGGCGACCUGUUUGAGAACACGGUGGGCAGCAAGCGGUGGCCCAUCGUGGUCAUCAUUGCGGUUGUCGCCACCCUGUACACCGCGUACGGCGGCCUGCUCAUCUCCAUCAUCACCGACCAAUGGCAGGCGUUCCUGAGCGUGAUUGUAGUCCUGAUCCUGGUGGUGUACGUGGCGGUGGACUUCCGGACCCCGCUGCCGCCCAUCCCGCACUACCUGGGCCCGGGCAACUACAACGGGCUGUCGGCUAUUGCGGUGAUGCCCAUCAGCCUGAUCAGCGCCACCAUCUUCAGCGAGGCCAUGUGGCAGCGCUGCUGGGCCUCAGCCAACAGCCGCGCAUUGCACACCGGCGCGCUCCUCGGGGCGACAGCUACCAUCGUCGUCGUUUUCAUCUUUGCGUUCGGAGGCUACCUGGCGGUGUGGAGCGGGCUGUUCGACGUGAACGACCCGAAUGCGGACUACAACACGAUCCUGUUCUUGCUGUUCAAGGACCGCACGUGGCUGCUGGUCAUCGUGGCCGUGCUGUCCGCCACCAUGAGCACCAGCGCGGUGGACAGCAUCCAGAACGCCAUCACCGAUUCCGUCGGCGCCACGCUGGUGCGGCCCUUCUUCAAGCGGGCCGACGUCACCUGGAUCCGCGGCCUCGUCGUGCUGCUCAACAUACCCCCCGUCGUUGUCUCCCUCAAGGGGUACAGCGUGCUGCAGCUGUUUCUGAUGGCCAACCUGAUCACGACCACGACCACCAUCCCGCUGAUGGCCGGCCUCUGGCACGGCCCGCGCGGCCAGAAGGUGGUCACGCCCUUCUCCAUGAUGACCGGCUCGCUUGUCUCCGUCUCGUCGCUCUUCUGGUGGGCCGCCAUCAAGCAGACCGCGGACCAGACCUACCGCGCCGCGCUCUACCGGGUCUUCUUCGUCGCGUACGACUACCCGCCCUUUUUGAUUGCUUUGGGCAUGUCCAUUGCGGGCUUGGUUGUGGGGGCCGCCCUCGAGGCGGCGUUCCGUGCGGUGGUCCCCGGCUGCGGGCGGUACCCCGUGUAUGCGCUGGACGACAAUCGCGAGGGGCUGGACGCGCGCCUCGGGGUGCGCCUCGGGGACGUCACGCAGGACUCGGUGCCCGAGUAUCCGGCUGCGGGCAAGGGGGCGGAUGCGUACCCAGCUGGCAAGCAGUACGAGGCGUGAGCAAGUUUUCGGAGCACCAUAGGUUGAGAAGAGGUAGGGUAGAUGUAGACGUGUUGUUCUUAGGACCAGUCAAGUUGCUGCAGCGCAGGUGGUUUAAUGUUGCGUGCGUUGGCCACUCUCAUCCGGUUUCCAGAUCAGCUGGAUCGAAAUGACCAGCGGUGGGGGUUGGCCCGUUAGGGCUGCCGCUGCCCAUAUACAGCCGGCGAGAUGCGUCAAUCCAGCACCAAGCCGUGCUCGAAAGACGCAACAGGCCUACAUACAUUGAGGUAAUAGACACUCCAGAAUAGCCCCAAGCAUGCAGCCUCAUUUUUUCCAGGGUGUGCAAGUGAAGUGCCAAGGUACGGACUCUCUGUCGCGCUGGCUCUAAAGAACGUUCAGUCAAGCCAGUAUUUGUGCUAUUGGCAUUUGCUGUUAGGCGCUAGACUGCUUCGCAUAAGGUUUUGAGUAUUUCGUUGUCACAUCAGGCUUGAUGAUCAGAGUCCAAAGGUACUUGCUUUGCAUGUUGCGCAAUGGUUUUUGGUGUACAAGUUACAUAACCAUGCUGCCCUUGACGAUUUGAUCGA